GAAGGAGAGAAACACGGAAUUUCGCCCUGGUGACAGCUUUCAAAGCCGUUAAAGAUUUUCAAUGGAAGUCAGGGGGAUGUUUUACCACGGUAAAAGCCACCAGCCAAGCAAAUGAUAACAAACAGAAUAGAUGUCGAUGCCUGGGCCUUUUAUAUUUUUUGUGAAUGAUAUUUCAAGAAUUAACAAGGAGCUUACACACAUCAGGUGACUGUGGCCUUCACCAACAGUCCUGGUUUUUGGCCUACCAUCACGAAGAUGAAACUGGAUCCUAUAUCGCUUGUUUUCGUCGUUUGUUGUAUUAGGAUGAAUGGUGUAUUUGGAACAGCUUACUUUACAACAAAACCACCACCUUUGCAAUAUGUUUUACAAGGCACCAAUGCAAUUUUUGGAUGGGAUUACAACAGAGGGUCUAGUGGAGAACUUUUGACUGGAACCUGGGGAGUGGAUGGGUCAGGCUCAUAUUGCAUGCUGAAACUGAAGCAAACUUCAGGAUACUCUCUAUUUUUUUGUCAUGGAUAUAGUCUUAGAGACAAAGCUACAAUGGUUUUGCAGAAUGUCUCUGUCAAUAUGACUGCAAAAUAUUUUUGUCAACUGGUGUUUUCAGUGCCCAAUCAAGUUACUAUGACAAGUACUGCAAGUCUAAAUGUUGUCAGGAGGCUUCCAACAUUUACCAUGCUACCUACUCAACAAAAUCUUGGAAUUGAAGGGGGAAGAGAUGUCAUUAUUUCAACUGAAGUAGUUGGGGACUACCCACCCGUUAUCCAAUGGUAUCGAAAUGAUGCUUUGGUCAAUACAAGUUUGUAUCCAAAUUCUUCAAGAUUAGUAGGUACAAAUGCACAGAACGAAACAAUUGUUCAGAGUAACCUAACAAUCAAGUCACCAACAAGAAACAGUGGAGGUCGUUUCAUGGCUAGAGCUGUUUUUGGAACACACAGUCCUGCAGCAAAUACUUCUUUCUCAAUACAGAUUUGGUAUGGACCAGAAAAGCUAUCAAUAUCAUCAAGCAAAUCUGGGAUGGGCAUUGCUCAAGGCCAGUCAGUCAUUGUCACAUGUUCAGCUACUUCAUUUCCGCCCUCAAGAUAUACAUUUUAUAGAAAUGGGACUGUUGUUCUAGAAAAUUCUACUAGUGGCAUCUUGACCAUUUCUAGCUUUACAAGGAACGAUAUUGGCAAUUACAGUUGUUUUGUUGAAAAUGAAGUAAGCAAUGGUACCAUCAGUGGUGUCUGGUUUUUCUUUGUUGAAGAACCCCCAACAACUACUACUACACGAAAACCUACCUUAUCUAGUACAACUGAUGGAGAAGCUUUGACUACUACUAAAUCUUCAAAUGUCACAAGUAGUCCCGGAAAUCGAACUUCAGCAGCAGAUGAAUCUAUUCCCUGGUGGGUUUGGCUUGCAGUUGGUCUUGCCUUGCUGCUAAUUAUUUCCAUUGUGAUCAUCGUCAUUUUCUACAUAAAAAGACGCCGUACUAAAAAGAAGUCAAGCAAAGGCAACGUAAUGAAAUUCUCUAAAGGAAUCGACCUUGAUAGCUAUAUCCAGAAUACCAACUAUCCACCUGGGUAUGAAGAUGCUGUUCAAAGAGAGGCUAAAAUGCAGAAUGGGUUUGCUUCGAAUGACAUGCAGGUGGACGGCGAUCCUGGAAAGACAAAUCUAGGAAUUCGGUUUGAAAGCGAGCAUGACCUGAUAGAGCAUUAUCGAAAGGGUCCGGAAACCGAGGAUGAAUUUGAUGACGUCGAUUUCAAAGAUCACGACCCUUUCGAAGACGAUGAGGUUCGAAUAACUGAUCACGACCCCUUUGAAUCAGAUUACAGAGAAGCUCGGUCCUUUGACAAUGGAGUUUUUGAGCACGAUGAUGAGGUUUAUAAAGAAAACAGCGAGUCGGAAAGGGACAGCGAAAAGAACCCAGAUUUGUUUGUCAAUGUUAACCAAGAUUUCAUCCAGUAUGAAAUCUGAUUUCGAUUUGGAGUAAUAAGUUUCUGUCCUUCCUUACUGCCCAGGAUUUUUCAAUCCGAUUGUGGAUUUUUCAAUCUGGCGGUGGCAAAGCUAGCCUUAGAGUCAUCUUUUGUUUUGCAUUUAAUGAAAAGGAUUCUAAGAAGAAAUUGUGGUAUCACAACUUGAUAUUUUCUUUCUAUUUUAUCUUCACUCCAUAAGGGCAAACCACAACUAAGAAGAACUCUUUCUCAGUUGGUACUAAAUGAUAAUUGCACGGUUAUCUUAUUGUAAAAAGAUAAUUUAUUUAAUGAUUGUAAAAAAUUGAUGAUUUUUUAAUAAAAGGUGUAAUCAUUGUGUAAAAUGUUUGUAAAUCAUUUUGUUAAAUUCAAUCUUUAUCUUGUAUAAGAUCUCAUUUGUGAAUUCCUACACCCCUGCCCCAAAGGGGUAAAGGAUAAAUCUAGGCAAGUCCACAGAGAAUCCCCCAACACCUCUCAGUCGAAUCUCUCUUUCGAAUACAUUGUCGUGUACAAAACAAAGCAGCAAAAAUAGACAGAAAUAGAGAAUAACCGAAUUUUCCAUCUUUUAAUGUGUUUGGUUGUAUAAUUUAUGCUUGUGAAGUGUCCAGCUGAUUCUAAGCAACCUAUACAAAGAAAUAAAUUCCAGGUUGCUGAACAGUCUACCUUCGUUUCUGAAAUUCGACCAGUAUUACAAAAUUAAAUUGAUAGCAGUAAAUAUGUGCUAAUGCCAUUCAUCUUUUUAGUUCAUUAUAUGCAUGUAUGGGAUAGACUAAUGCUAUGGCUAGCGUUUUUUUAAGAUAUAUUACUGCGAGAUCUUUUCUAAUGAGCUUGAAACGGUGUCAUCGCGUGCUUUUUGCUGCGACAAUGUCGCUGUGUAUCAAUAACUCUUGUUACCUUUCGGCAUGUUAGUUGCAAUUGCAAAUCUUAAGGACCAAAGAAGUAUUUAGCAGUUUAAAUUUAUAGUUUUCAUUCUUUGAUACGAGGAUGUAUAAGUUGUAUUUAGAGGGUGUGUAAAUUUGCUGGUUUCUUGAAAAUGAUGUAGUAUUUUUGUAGCAUAACGAGUUUCACUUUA